UUCUACAAGUAUGGCAAACCGGAUGUGGGUUUUUCUUCUCUUGGCUCUCCCCUUUGUGAAAGGAGCAUUGGAUAGUAAGGGUAAGCAAUUCAUUGUUACUUUCAUGGACAACAAGAUUCUGCAGAACACCGACAUCAAUCCAGAAAUCUUCAUAACCACCUCAAGCACCAAACCAGUACACGUCAACGUGACGUCACCGGGAUCAAGCAAUCCACGAAUAAACGAACAUUUUGUCGUCUCCCGUGGAAUUGUGCACCGGGUUGUCGUAGAUCAAGAUUUCCGACUGAACCACACCGAACUUAGCACUAAAGGGAUUUUGAUUUCGGCAGAUGAAGAAGUUGUGGCAUACGGGGUAAACCGAGAGGUCUGGUCGGACGAUGCCUACUUAGCACUGCCUACAGAUGUUCUGGGGAAAGAGUACUAUACCAUUUCCUACUCCCCAUCCUAUUAUUAUUGUGAGUUUGCUGUGAUUGGUGUUCAUGACCACACUAAAGUUCAUAUCAAACUGGCUAACCAUCCAAAUGUCAGUGUUAUUUUCCGUAACCAUACCUAUCAAGGCAAUGACUGGAUUAACGUAACACUAAAUCGCUAUAGCACCCUUCAAAUCACAUCUGUUGGAGACCUUACAGGAACGCACAUCAUAUCGAACAAAGCAAUAGGUGUUAUUAGCGGAAACAAGAAAGCUGUUGUGGGUACUGCUGGUCCUUCACGUGACCAUUUGACAGAAAUGUUGCUUCCAGUACAAGCUUGGGGUAAGAACUUUGCCACAGUGCCAAUCCCGGAGAGAGCAGUGGGUGAUAUUUUCAGAUUUGUCGCCAGCCAAGACCACACGCAUAUAACGGUGACAGGAGUCAUAAAUGGUAAAAAUUUUACAGACCAUUUUAACAUAGCUCAUGCUGGGGGAUAUAGACAGAGGAAUUAUAGCUCAGCACUUUACGCCCACGUAGUGUCUAAUAACCCAAUUGCUUUGUAUCAGAUUUCGGCAACACAGGAUAGGGGUCACAAUCACGUGGACGCAGCAGAUCCGUGCCUGAUUACAAUUCCUCCCAUUGAACAAUAUGCAGCAGAUUACACUUUUGCAACACCCCAAUACUCCAAAGGCGAGUAUCAGAACUAUUUCAUGUUUGUAAUUGACUCCAGUCAGACUGCAGGUCUGAUUCUAGAUGGAAAACCGCUGCCACAAAAUCAAACGUAUGUCCACAUACCCGGCACCAAUCUAGCGGCGGGAUUUGUGAAUAUAUCUGUGGGUACCCAUACCGUCACGCAUAACAACCCGAACACGGUUAUUGGUGGUAUAGUGUUCGGAAAAGCCAAACUCGAGUCGUAUGGAUUUCCAAUCGGUCUGCUUACACAACCUGUUAAUUCUGGUUGUCAUGCGAAGGCGAUGUCUCCGGGUGAUGAAGUAGAUAACGAUUGUGACGGAGAGGUAGAUGAGGAGGACUGCGAUGGAAAAGACGAUGAUGCAGAUGGAAGGAUAGACGAGGACUGUAGUGGGACGCCCUUGACGGUUAUCGGAAGGAAGUGA